AUGCAUGGAUACAGAGCUACUCCAAUCUCCAAUAGCACCCUGUCUUUCUGUGGUACUGAUAACUCGUCUGCCUAUAAGGUGGAUAACGGGCUUCUGAAUAACGGCUGCUUCCUAGAUGCCCUGGGGCUUGUGCCACACGUUUUUCUCCUCUUCAGCACCUUCCCAAUACUCUUCAUUGGUUGGGGCAGCCAGAGCUCUAAGGUUCAUAUCCAUCAUAGCACAUGGCUGCACUUCCCUGGCCAUAACCUGCGCUGGUUGCUCACAACCGCUCUCUUGUUUGUGCUGGUGUGUGAGGUUGCUGAGGGGAUUGUCUCAGACGGAUUUAACCAGUCUCACCACAUCCAUCUUUAUAUGCCUGCUGGACUGGGAAUCCUGGCAGCUAUAACCUCCAUAGUUUACUAUCACAACAUAGAGACGUCUAACUUUCCCAAAUUGCUGUUAGCUUUGCUUAUCUACUGGAUUUUGGCUUUUGUCACCAAAACCAUUAAGUUCUCUAAGUACAAUGAACACGGAAUCGGCCUGGGGCAGCUGCGCUUCUGCAUCACAAGCUUGCUGGCUUUAAUCUACGGCCUGCUGCUGACUGUGGAGAUCAGCGUUAUACUGCGCAGGCGCUACAUAUUCUUUCUAUUCCCGAACGAGGUGAAGCCUCCUGAAGACCAGCAGGACCUUGGUGUGCGUUUCCUUCAGCCUUUUGUCAACCUGCUGUCCAAGAGCACAUACUGGUGGAUGAACACAUUCAUCACAUCGGCUCACAAACAGCCCAUUGACCUGAAAACCAUUGGCAAGCUGCCCAUAGCUAUGAGAGCACUCACUAACUACCAGAAGCUACGUUCGGCCUUCAGUGCCCUAAAGGAGCGAGGUAUGAUCCCUGCACGAGGCCCACAGUCAAUUUGGUAUGCUCUUAGGCAGGCUUUUGGAGGCCCUCUACUCCUUAGCAUAACCCAUCGUUUCCUGGCUGAUCUGCUGGGCUUCGCUGGACCACUCUGCAUCUCUGGAAUUGUCCACCACAUCAGCCGUGAUAAUCACACCAUCGAGCCACCGGUCAAACUGCUAGGAAUACAUUUCAUUUCCUCUCAGGCAUUUCUAGCGAACGGCUAUGUGUUAGCAGUGCUGCUCUUUCUAGCUUUGCUCCUCCAGAGGACAUUCCUACAGGCGUCCUACUAUGCCGCAAUGGAGACUGGCAUUAAAAUCAAGGGCGCCAUCCAGUGUAAGAUCUACAAUAAGAUCAUGCGCCUGAGUACCUCCAACAUGUCCAUGGGAGACAUGACCACCUCUCAGAUCUGCAAUCUGGUGGCGAGAGACACAGAGCAGCUCAUGUGGUUCUUCUUUCUGUGUCCUAACCUGUGUGCAAUGCCAGUGCAGAUCACACUUGGUGUUUUCCUGCUGUACUACUUAUUGGGGAUAAGUGCUCUGAUUGGAGCUGCUGUAAUCGCUGUUCUUGCACCGUUGCAGUACUUUGUAGCUACACAGCUUUCACGAACACAAAAAAGCACACUGGAGUAUUCCAGUGAGAGACUGAAGAAGACUAAUGAGAUGUUGAGGGGCAUUAAGCUGCUGAAAUUAUAUGCCUGGGAGCACAUCUUUAGAUCCAGCGUGGAGGAGACAAGAAAAAAAGAGCUGACCAGCCUUCGGGCCUUCGCCCUCUACACAUCGCUCUCCAUUUUCAUUAAUGCAGCCAUUCCAAUUGCAGCGGUUCUUACAACGUUUGUAGUGCAUGCGUACGUGCACUACUCUACAGAAACUGCUCUCUCUCCUGCUGUGGCGUUUGCUUCUCUCUCACUCUUCCACAUCUUGGUCACACCCCUCUUCCUGCUUUCUAGUGUACUGCACUCCACUGUUAAGGCGCUUGUAAGCAUGCAGAAACUAAGUGAAUUCUUUGAUAGCGAAGAGAUUACACUUGACCAAGAACCUAAAACACCCACGCCCACUGAUACGAACAAGCACAGCAACAGCAACAUAAAGUCAGUUUACAUGUUGCAACUCCAGGCCUCAAAGUUGGUAAACCGGAAGAACAAAGCCAAACAGGACAAGAACAGUCAUAUGCAGCGGGAUCUGAGUCUGGACCUGGCUAAUGUAAGGGAGGAAGAUAUCUGUUUCAAGAUUGUUAAUGGCUACUUCACCUGGACACAGGGAUGUCCCACUCUAACCAACAUUAACAUAAAGGUUCCUUUUGGUGCAUUGACUAUGAUUGUUGGGCAGGUAGGAUCUGGAAAAUCCUCACUGCUCUUAGCUGCUCUGGGGGAAAUGCAGAAGAUCUCAGGGAGUGUCACAUGGAACAAAUUACCAGAUCAGGAGGAGGAAGAGAAUUACAGAUUGCCUGUGAAUCACAAUGCAGGCCCAAAAGCUCCUGAGAAGAGAGGUUCGGUGGCCUACGCGUCUCAGAGGCCAUGGCUUCUCAAUGCCACAGUGGAGGAGAACAUCUUGUUCAGCAUGGCCCCUAACAAGAACCGGUACGCAGAAGUGAUUGAGAUCUGCCAGCUCCAAACCGAUAUUGACACACUUCCCCAAGGAGACCAAACUGUGGUUGGAGAUAGGGUUUCUUUAUCUCUUUCUCAGGGCAUAAUUCUGUCUGGUGGGCAGCGGCAGCGCAUCAGUGUAGCCAGAGCUCUUUAUCAGCAAACUAAAGUGGUGUUCCUGGAUGACCCAUUCUCAGCUCUGGACAUCCACCUGAGUGACCACUUGAUGCUGGAAGGAAUUCUGAAGUUCCUCAGACAGGAGAAAAGGACAGUGGUGCUGGUCACACACAAGCUGCAGUACUUACCACAUGCAGACUGGAUCAUAGCCAUGAAGGAUGGUACAGUCCAGACACAAGGCUCCCUAAAGGACAUCCAGUGUGCUGAGCCUGAACUGUUUGAACACUGGAAAACCCUAAUGAACAGACAGGACAAGGAGAAUGCUGUGAGACUGAAGAGGAAAAGUUUCAAGAGGAUGUACUCCAGAGACACAAUUGCCACUGAGGAUGAGGAUGAAGCCUCUUCUCUUACUGUCAGGGAGGUUAAAGAUGGUUCCCUGAGUACAGACGAGGACAGCCUGACAACUGAGCUGCGUCAGAGGAACACAAUGCUAUGGGGCUCACUGGUGACAUACCUUCGAACAGCUGGCCUCCUGCUGCUUCCACUGCUCAUCCUGUCCCAGCUCACAAAACACUCACUCAUGCUGGCGAUAGACUACUGGCUGGCCCAUUGGACGUCUCAGUCCAUUAUAGCUCAGACAGGCAGUACAGAGAGGAACUGCACAUCCGGUAGCACACAGGACUGUGUGCUGAGUCAUACUCUGUACCUGCAAGUCUUUUGUGUCUUGUGUUUUCUGGGUAUCGUGUUAUGUUUGAUCACCUCUCUGGCUGUGGAGUGGACGGGUCUGCGAGUCGCUCAGGAGCUCCACUGUGGUCUUCUUCAUAUCAUCAUCCUCGCUCCAAUGAGGUUGUUUGAGACGACUCCUCUUGGGAAUAUUCUUAACCGAUUUUCUGGAGACACGAACAUCAUCGAUCAGCACAUCCCGGUUACCAUGGAGUGUUUGAGCCGUUCGACUCUGCUGUGUGUGUCAGCUGUGGGCAUCAUAUCCUACAUCACCCCAGUCUUCCUUAUCGCUCUGCUCCCACUGGCAAUCAUCUGCUACUUUAUUCAGAAGUACUUCUUGGUGGCAUCCAGGGAUCUGCAACAGUUAGAGGACAUCACUCAGAUCCCUCUGUUGUCCCACUACACAGUGACUAUAGAGGGACUCACCACCAUCAGGGCCUUUAGACACGAACAAAGAUUUAAGAAGAGACUUUUGGAAUAUGCAGAUGCCAAUAACAUCGCCUCGCUCUUUCUUACGGCGGCAAAUCGCUGGCUUGAAGUUCGCAUGGAGUACAUUGGGGCGUUUGUUGUCCUGAUAGCAGCUGUGGCGUCCAUCGGCAGUGCCCUGUACAGCGAUCUCUCUGCUGGAUUAGUGGGUCUGGGCCUUACAUAUGCUCUCAUGGUGUCGAACUACCUGAACUGGAUGGUGCGUAACCUGGCUGAUAUGGAGGUACAGCUCGGGUGUGUGAAAAGGAUCAGCAGUCUGCUUAACACAGAGCCUGAGAACUACAAUGGAGAAAUGACUCCAGCCCAGGUUCCAGCAGGCUGGCCCAAAUAUGGCGAGAUCCAAAUCAAGAACCUGAGCGUGAGAUAUGAUAGCAGCCUAAAACCUGUCCUAAAGCAUGUCAAUGCUCACAUCAAACCUGGACAAAAGGUGGGGAUAUGCGGACGAACAGGAAGUGGAAAGUCUUCCUUCUCCUUGGCUCUGUUCCGAAUGGUAGACACAUGCGAGGGUCAAAUUAUCAUUGAUGGAAUUGAUAUUGCUAAACUGCCCCUUCAAACCUUGCGCUCAAAAUUUUCCAUCAUUCUUCAGGACCCCAUUUUAUUCAGUGGAACAAUUCGAUUUAAUCUGGAUCCAGAGAGAAAAGUCACUGACCGGAUGCUGUGGGAAGCGUUGACUAUCGCUCAGCUCACGCCUGUGGUGGAAGCUUUACCUGGAGGACUAGAUGCCAUGGUGACGGAGGGAGGCGAAAACUUCAGCCAGGGGCAACGGCAGCUCUUCUGUCUGGCUCGAGCCUUUGUAAGGAAGAGCAGCAUCCUCAUCAUGGAUGAAGCCACAGCAUCCAUUGACAUGGCUACUGAUGGCAUCCUACAAAAAGUUGUUAUGACUGCUUUUGCAGAUCGGACAGUUGUAAACAUCGCCCAUCGUGUGCACACCAUACUGGGCUCAGACGUGGUCAUUGUGAUGAAGCGUGGAGCCAUUCUGGAAUAUGACCGACCUGAUGUCUUGCUGGAGCAGAAAGACAGCGUCUUCUAUACUUUUGUCAGAGCAGACAAGUGAGAAAUGCGACGAGUAGUGUGUGUGUGUGUCACAGGCAGAGCAGGACAAAGAAC